UAAUGCUAGAAAACGAAGACUACGAAAUUUUAUUCAUCCAUUUCUGCUGAACCACAUGUGGAAAAAUGGCUGAGGAUGACGAUAGAUUUGACGGUAUGCUGAUGGCAAUGGCCCAGCAACAAGAACAAGGAAUUCAUCAGCUCAUCAAUGAUUUCUUUGGAUUUCUGAGGAGGAAAACAGAUUUCUUCACAGGAGCACAGAAAGGAGAAGCAGAGAAGGUGGUAAUAGGAAGCUUCAAGGCUCAUCAAAAGAUUGCUUUAGAUGCUAAGAAGAAGAAGGAAGAAGAAGCAGCAGCGGCUGAGAAGGCCAAGGCAGAGAGGAAGGCUAAAGAGGCAGCAGCAAGGCUAGCUGCAGAGUCCAAGAAGAAAGAUCAGGACCAACCCAAGAUACAAGAACUUACAGAUGAAGAGGCAGAGAGAUUACAAGCUGAAAUAGACAGGGAGAAAGCAGGUGAGCCCAGUGAAGGAGCAGAUGCUACAGGAGAUACUGGAAAUACAGAAUCCAAAAAGGAAACAAAAGAAGAUGAUGAUGACGAAGAGGAUGAUGAAGAAGAUAAGGGAAAGAUGAAACCAAACUCAGGCAAUGGAGCUGACAUGCCAAAUUAUAGAUGGACACAAACGCUGCAAGAAGUAGAGGUACACAUUCCAAUGCCAAUGGCAGUUAAACCCCGCGACCUUGUCGUGUCCAUCACCAAACAUCGCUUGAAGGUCGGGUUGAAAGGUCAUGACCCCAUAUUAAAUGGUGAAACAUGCAAUGAACUAAAGGAAGAAGAGAGCCACUGGGUCAUUCAAGACAAACAGAUUGUUAUUCUUUACCUUGAAAAGAUCAACAAAAUGGAAUGGUGGGAUAGGUUAGUGAAGUCAGAUCCUCAGAUUAACACCAAGAAAGUCAAUCCAGAAAACUCAAAGUUGUCAGACUUGGAAGGAGAGACUCGCGGUAUGGUAGAGAAGAUGAUGUAUGAUCAAAGACAAAAAUCAAUGGGAUUACCUACAUCAGAAGAUCAAAAGAAACAAGAUAUUCUCAACAAAUUUAUGAAGCAACAUCCUGAAAUGGACUUCUCCAACACCAAAUUCAACUAAUUGUAGACCAUUGAUCAUCACCACCCCAUACUACAGUGAAUCUCACAGGAUUAAGUUAAGAGAAUGGCAUGAGAGAUACAAGUUCCCUUUCAUUUCAGCUGAGUAUUUUAAGAUUGAUAAAAGAUUUGAUUUGCAGAACUUUGAAAAAGAAAUCAUCAUGUGAAAAAACAAAGUCUCAUUUCA